UUUGAUUUAUUUAUUGCAGCUUCAUUUAAAAAAAAGGAGAUAAAUUAUAACUAAUUGAAUAGUGAAUUGAUGACUGCAUUACUAAAAAUGGAUGCAAACAAAUCUCAUCUGAUGUAAUCAUGCAUAGUUGUGUUUGACAUAUGAAAACUGUAACAAUGUAUCUUACAAGGAAACAUGACGUGACCUUGUUUUCGCUUUAAAUGUAUCCCCACAUUAAGUCCUUGAAUUUGAUGGUACUGGGCCUGGAAGGUCCUUGAAAGGUCCUUGAAUUUGAAGGAACCCUGUCUAUUAAAAAGGAGAUAAAUUAUAAAUGAUUAAAUAGCUGAUUGCUGACUUUGCAUUACUAAAUAUAUUUAUAUGUUUAAAAUCUAUAUUUUAAACUAUACCAGAAAGCACUUAUUUUACACUUGCGCCACUGUUAAAUAAAAUGAUUUUCUGAAGAUCCAAAACAGUACAUCACUUGUUCCAUCAAAAAUGAGAUUCCCAAAGACCUCAUAUAUAUCAUUCAUAUGAACACAGAGCUACAGGUGAGUGUCUGUUUUCAUUUUGCCUUUGUUACGGUUGUUGUGUUAAUAUUUAAAGGUGAAUUAUUUUAUUUUAUGAUAGCUGGACUUUGAAAAUAAGGUAGGGAAUGCUGCUCUUCAUUAAACUCAUUUUAGAAAUGUUAUGUCACUAAAACUUGUCUCACUAUAAAUGGCAAAAACUAACCCAGUCUAUCUGAACCAUUCUCUCCCCUCUAUACUUUUUUUUUUUUUUUUUUUUUUUUUUGUAAUUCUGUGUCAGUUUCUCAGUCCUGCUGCAGGAGGCGCCAGUGAGUCUCCUCUGAUUGGCCAGUGAACCAUGAGGCAUUCUGGAUGGGGAAACAGUGAAACAUUUCCCAGGCGCUGAAGUACCUGUAUCAUAACGGAUUCUGUGGAAGAACACAUCAAGAUUGUGCUUGAGAAGAGAGGAGAACCUUCAGCCGCCCUGAGCCGCGUUUACAAGCCAUGUCCAUCUCCGACAGUCCUCCGUCCUCCAUCUGUAUGUUUGCGCUCCAUCAUCAGUCCUCCGGCUCUCCGGUCGGCUCCCUGAACCCCGACUCCGGCGUCAUGAGCGCUCAGAUGCCUCAGAUGGACGCGGGUCUGUACGGACAGCCCAUGGCCUUUCCCAAGAUGACAGACAGCCGGAGCAUGGAGCAAAUGAUGGGGUUCGUGCCGUAUUCCUCCUGUCUGACCUCCGGCAGCAACGAACGAGCAGCGCAGCAGAAUCAGCAGGAUUUUUCGCAGUUUCUUCUGCCGCCCCCGGCGUCCACCCUGCGGCCGGCGGGACAGAAGCGCGGCCUGAGCAAAGACAGCGUGGAAUACCGUCUGCGCAGAGAACGCAACAACAUCGCGGUGAGGAAGAGUCGCGAUAAAGCCCGCCGGCGGAUCCAGCUGACCCAGCAGAGGGCGCUGCAGCUCCAGGACGAGAAUCACAGACUGCAGCUGCACAUCCAGCGCCUGUCGCACGAGGUGGACGCGCUCAGACACUACCUGUCACAGCGCCACCUACAGACCAAAGAGCAGGACGCCGCCGGAGACGACAACUGCUGAGACUGAAGGUCCUGUUGAUCGUGAUCAAAUCAUUUUGGAUUGGCUUUGUGAUUUUUCAUAUCAUUUCAGUGGAUGGGGUGGGUGAAUAUCAUUUCUUAAAGUGGGGAAAAUGGGAAAUAAUUCACUGUGAACUAAAUCACAUUUGAGUCACAUCUCAACUUACAUGAGCAUAGAAGCCUAUUUUCAUCUCGGAAUAAAAAUGGAAAAGGUAAUUGCAACUAUUUAUCUCACAAUUCUGACUUUUGUUUUCUCUGAAUUGCAAAUU